AUGGCUGCCCUGUUCUCAGGAAGCGUGCUGAUCCGGAAUAACAGUGAUCAGGACGAGCUUGACACAGAGGCCGAGCUGAGCUACCGGCUGGAGAACCGGCUGGUGCUGCUGUUCUUUGGGGCCAGGGCCUGCCCACGCUGCCAGGCCUUCGUGCCCACACUCAAGGACUUCUUUGUCCGCCUCACUGAUGAGUUCUAUGUGCUACGGGCAGCCCAGCUGGCCCUGGUGUACAUUUCCCAGGACCCCACGGAGGAGCAGCAGGACCUUUUCCUCAGGGACAUGCCUGAAAAGUGGCUCUUCUUGCCCUUUGAGGACCAGCUGAGGAGGGACCUUCGGCGCCGCUUCUCUGUGGAGCAUCUGCCUACCGUGGUGGUGCUGAAGCCGGGCGGGGACGUGCUCACGCGCCACGCGGCCGAGGAGAUCACGCGCCUGGGGCCCGCCUGCUUCGCCAACUGGCAGGAGGCUGCUGAGCUGCUGGACCGCAACUUCCUGCUGGCCGAGGACCUGGACGAGCCCGCGCGGCGGAGCCUGACCGAGCCGCUGCGCCGCCUCAAGUACCGCGUGCCGCGCGGGGACAGGGCGCGGGGCGCCGGGGACGGCGGGGCCCCCGGGGGUGCCCGGCCGCUGUUCUGA